AUGAAUAUACACGCGCACAAACAAGUAUUUAUACAUGUACUGGUCAUCAAUGACAAUGUUGACAAUAAGGUGAAGUAUUUCCAAGCGGAGGAGGAUUGUAUGGUGAGUGGUAGUGGAGCAGAUGUUGGAAAUGAGAUCAGGAAGUUGCAUGUAUUGGGCAGUGGGAUUACCGGUCUAACGAAGUCAAGGAGCUCAAAAGGUGGUGUUCGACUGACUACUUCUGAUGAAAUUAAGAAAGAGCUUGUUGACUUGUACUCUAACCUAUUUGGUAAUGCUAAUGUUACUGGCGUCAGCAUUGAGAAGUUGCACAAAGCUUCCGAUCCAGAUGGAGUUUCUGCAGACUUUUAUAAGAAAUCUUGUGGAAUUAUGGGAGUUGAUGUCACUGAGGCUGUGCUUCAUUUCUUCCAGAACGGAAAGAUUCUGAAAGUAAUUAAUUCUACUUCUAGCACCUUGGUUCCUAAAGUCCGAAAUGCUAGCAAAGCUUUAGAUUUUAGGCCCAUCUCCUGCUGCUUUAUUCUGUACAAAUGCAUCUCAAAAUCCUGGCUAAUAGAGCAAGACAUGUUCUGCCUAGCCUUAUUAGUCCAAAUCAAUCAGCUUUUGUGCACGGUAGAAGGAUAG